AUGCCUCUCGUCAACACUACUGAAGUCAACGAGGACACUCGUGUCCUCGGAUACGACCCUUUGUUGUCGCCUUACUUCCUGCAGAACGAGAUCCCCGCGCCUGCACGCGCCAUCGAAGCCGUCCGCGCCGGCCGCAACCAGGCCGUCGAGAUUAUCGAGCAGCGCGAUGACCGUCUCCUCGUCGUCGUGGGCCCCUGCUCCAUCCACGACCCAGACACCGCUCUCGAGUACGCCCGCCGCCUCAAGGAGAUCUCUGUUAAACUCGAGAAGGACAUCUGCGUGAUCAUGCGCGCCUACCUCGAGAAGCCCCGCACAACCGUUGGCUGGAAGGGCCUCAUCAACGACCCGGACAUCGACGAGACCUACAACAUCAACAAGGGCCUCCGUGUCUCCCGUAAGCUGUACACCGACCUGACCUCCACCGGUCUCCCCAUUGCCUCAGAGAUGCUCGACACCAUCUCUCCCCAGUACCUUGCGGAUUUGAUUUCGCUCGGAGCCAUCGGCGCCCGCACAACAGAGUCCCAGCUGCACCGCGAGCUCGCCUCCGGCCUGUCCUUCCCCAUUGGCUACAAGAAUGGCACAGACGGCAACCUCACCGUCGCCGUCGACGCCAUCGGCGCCGCCUCCCACCCUCACCGCUUCCUGGGCGUCACCAAGCAGGGCCUGGCUGCCAUCACCAAGACCGCCGGUAACGAGCACGGCUUUGUGAUCCUGCGCGGCGGAAACCGGGGAACCAACUAUGACCGCGCCAGCAUCAAGCAGGCGCGCGAGGCUCUCCGCUCCAAGAAGCAACGCGAGGUCGUCAUGGUUGACUGCUCCCACGGUAACUCCAACAAGAACCACCUUAACCAGCCGCUCGUGGCCAAGGAGGUCUCCGAUCAGCUGCGCGAGGGCGAGACCAGUAUCAUCGGUGUCAUGAUCGAGUCCAACAUCUACGAGGGUAACCAGAAGGUUCCCCCGGAGGGACCUGAGGCUCUGCUCCGCGGUGUCAGCAUCACUGAUGCUUGCAUCAACUGGGAGAUGACGGUCGAGGUGCUGGAGGAUCUGGCGGAUGGUGUUCGUGCCCGUCGUGCGGCUCUCAAGGCGCAGACCAAUGGCUCGCACUAA